UGCGCUCACUGGAAAGGCGGGCCUGGCGCUACGCAAGACACUCGGCUGCGCCGCCUCCGUUUCGUGCGCUGUUUUCUUUCCCACUCUUUUUUUUCUUCCCCCUUCCCUCCCUUUUAGGGGCGACUUAAAUAGGAGCGCCGGGCGGUCCAGCCGCAGACCGCUCGGGCUGCAUAAGUGGUGGUUGCCCGCUGACUUGCGCCCAGGGAAGCGUGCCCGGGAGGAGACGGGACGAAGAGGAAAGCAGAUUGCAGCAGGCACAGAUUGCAGCAGACUGAAUAAAUGCAGCCUAUCACAAUGCAAGCCCAUGAAUUGUUUCGGCAUCUGCGAAUGCCAGAACUGGGCGAUGUAAGGCAAUAUGUACGUACUCUUCCGACAAACACACUGAUGGGGUUUGGUGCUUUUGCAGCCCUGACAACUUACUGGUAUGCCACAAGACCUAAAGCUCUGAAACCACCAUGUGACUUAGCUAUGCAGUCUGUAGAAAUAGAGGGUGGAGAGUAUGCCAGACGCUCUGCACUAAUUGAUAAUGAUGAGCCAUUUGUUUACUAUUAUGAUGAUGUGAGAACGGCUUAUGAAAUCUUCCAAAGGGGCAUGCAUGUGUCAAACAAUGGACCCUGUUUGGGUGUAAGGAAACCAAAUCAGCCAUAUGAAUGGAUUUCUUACAAGGAGGUUGCAGAAAAAGCAGAAUGUGUUGGUUCAGCCCUUCUUAAUAGAGGCAUCAAAUCAUCUCCUGACCAGUUCAUAGGACUCUUCUCCCAGAACAGACCUGAGUGGGUUAUCGUUGAACAAGGAUGUUAUACUUACUCGAUGGUGCUGGUGCCACUCUAUGAUACUCUUGGAACAGAUGCUAUCACUUUUAUUUUAAAUAAAGCUGAUAUAACAGUGGUAUUCUGUGACAAAUCAGAGAAAGCUGAACUACUUCUUGAUAACACUGAGAAAGGAGAAAUAUCAGCUCUUAAAACAAUUGUGAUAAUGGAUCCUUUUGACAGAGACCUUGUGGCCCGCGGAAAAAAAUGUGGUGUAGAUAUCAUCAGCAUGAAAGAAUUUGAGGCAUCAGGAAGAGCCCACAAACACAAACCUGUUCUUCCACAAACAGAAGAUCUAGCCAUAAUCUGUUUCACCAGUGGAACUACAGGAUGUCCUAAGGGAGCCAUGAUUACUCAUCGAAAUAUAGUGAGCAAUAUGUCUGCAUUUGUGAAAGCAACAGAGAAAGCAGUAUUUCCUUGUCCUGAAGACACCUUAAUCUCCUUCUUACCCCUGGCUCAUAUGUUUGAAAGAAUUGUUGAGUGUGUGAUUCUUUGUCAUGGGGCUCGGAUUGGAUUUUUCCAGGGAGACAUCAGGCUACUCAUGGAUGACUUAAAAACUUUGCAGCCUACAGUGUUUCCUGUGGUGCCAAGAUUGUUGAACAGAAUGUUUGAUAAAAUCUUUCAACAAGCGAAUACUUCAUUUAAACGGUGGAUAUUGGAUUUUGCUUCCAAGAGAAAAGAGGCAGAACUUAGAAGUGGCAUUAUUAGAAAUAACAGCCUAUGGGAUAAAAUGAUUUUCCGCAAAGUACAGGCAAAUCUGGGAGGAAAAGUCAAACUAAUGAUUACAGGAGCAGCUCCUGUUUCUGCAAAUGUAUUGACCUUCCUAAGAGCAGCUCUUGGUUGUCAGUUUUAUGAAGGCUAUGGACAAACAGAAUGCACAGCUGGAUGUUCUCUAACAAUACCUGGUGACUGGACUGCUGGUCACGUUGGUGCCCCAAUGCCUUGCAAUAUCAUAAAGCUGGUUGAUGUAGAAGAAAUGAAUUAUUUUGCUGCCAAAGGAGAGGGUGAGGUUUGUAUAAAAGGAGCAAAUGUGUUUAAAGGCUAUCUAAAAGAUCCUGAAAAAACAGCAGAAGUUCUUGACAAAGAUGGCUGGGUACAUACUGGAGAUAUUGGGAAGUGGUUACCGAAUGGUACCCUGAAGAUAAUUGACAGAAAAAAACACAUAUUCAAACUUGCACAAGGAGAAUAUAUAGCACCAGAAAAAAUAGAGAAUGUAUAUAUAAGGAGUGAGCCUGUUGCUCAGGUGUUUGUCCAUGGUGAAAGUUUGCAGGCUUUCCUAAUAGGAAUUGUGGUACCAGAUCCAGACAUAUUGGUCAUCUGGGCUAGAAAAAAAGGCCUGGGAGGCUCUUAUGAAGAACUGUGCAAAAACAAAGAUUUAAAAAAAUACAUUCUGGAAGAUAUGUUGAAGACAGGAAAGGAGUUUGGCUUGAAGUCAUUUGAACAGAUCAAAAACAUCGCCCUUCAUUCUGAAAUGUUCUCUAUUGAGAAUGGCCUGCUAACACCAACCUUAAAGGCAAAGAGACCUGAGCUACGUAAAUACUUCAGCUCUCAAAUAGAAGAACUCUAUGCUAAUGUCCACAUGUAACCGAAGAAAACUAUUAGAGAGAAUGGCAUUUGCUAUUAACCAUCAUAUCUAUGAACAGACUACAACAAAUAAGUGGAAGGAACAGUGCAAUCAUUAACUUCUACACAAAGGGGUACUCAACAUAGGAAAAUUGAAGAAUAAUUGAACUCUGCCUUACUGUCCACUUGUGUCGCAGACCAUUUUUUACAAUGACAUACAACUUCCUCAAUGCGCCUUAAAACUGUAUAUGUUAUCUAUGUGAUUUGUAAGUUAUUUAAGACUUCAGCCAAAAAUGUGACUCUCAAGGCAUGUAAAGGGAUAUGUGUGUUGCUACCACAUUCAUUGUUUUUAUUACAUUGUACAGCUGGUAAUCAUUUUCCAAAAUAUUUGAUAUAUGGAGAUUUUUACUGACUCACAGCAGAGGAACACUGAUAGGAGACUGAACUUUAUUUGUGUCUGGGUGUAAAAUUUGGGAAGAAUCUCAGCUGCCUAGGUUAUUUACAGACUUUUUCAAAGCUUUAUUUAAUGUUGUGGUAUUAAUGCAAUGAACCACAAGAUAAAUGAUCAGAUAUUUUAGCUUUAGAAUUUGGGGGACGGGGGUCUCCAGAUGAAACUUCCUAUGUAAUUCAAGAUGUCAGCUUCAUGAGUUACAGGGAUAGUUGGGCCAUAGUGGCAUCAUGUUAUAAAAUACGCAUGGAUGUGGAUGGAAUUUCAAUACGUAUUGGGAUUAAGUCAUGCUCAUACAUUGCCAACCAUUAGAUUGCCUCAGCAGUAGUACAGCUUAAUCUUGAUCACUUAAUUUACUGGGUCUUUGUACAAAGUUAGUUUCUGCUUCUUACUCAUUGAGCAAAGAAUAUUGAGAAUUUGAUAGCAUCUAAAAAUAAAUAUGCUUCUGUAAUAGACAGGCAAUGGCUGUAGCAUAUAUAUUGGAAUGAGGAAGGAUGUUUGAACAUACCUACCUUUUACCUGCAUCUGUAUAUUUUUCUGAGGGAUGGAUGGAAUUGAAAUGCCUUGUAGUAACCCAUGCUCAAGUUUUCCCUUAAAACAGUAAUUAAUUUGUUAAAUAUAUGUAAACAAGCACAAUGAAGUUUGCACUAAAAAGUGUGUGAUUAUAAUGCACUACCCAGUUGCAUAAUUUCAUACAUGGGUGACCUUAUUGCACACCAUUAUUCAAACCCAUAUUCUUGAAGUAUUAAAUCACUUGUUAUAUUGGAGUUCAAAAGUUUGCUUAGGUGUUGGCUAUUUCUAUAUUUUAUAAACAAAAAUUUCCACCCAAAAAAAACUCCACAAGGAAGCCAAAAUAAAUAUUUCUGCAUUUAAUUUGAGUAAAUGUUUUUAUACUGCAAUUUAAAAAAACUCACUGUGCGCUCAUUCCUUAAAAAGAAAAAAGGAAUUAUUGUCUGAUUAUUCUUAUUUGUUUCCCAUUCUUUUUGUCUGGACUUUUAUGACUAUUUUAUGUCCCAGUUGGUAGAGGAAGCAAGAGAAAGGCAAAUCAGCCAAUAAAUCAUAGUUUUCUACACAGCUUUAUCAUGAAAAAAUAAUUUUGACAUAUUAGCAAAAUAGAAUUUCCUGAUUUUAACCAGCUUUCUCUUUUUGGCAGUGGACUACUAUUCCUAGGCAGUAACCUUAUUCUUGUGACAGUGGGAAUGAAGAGUUUUUAAUCUAAAUACAUCUCAAGAGCUUAAUAUUGGAAAAGGUUCAUCUUAACAGUUUUUUUAGAAACUAGCAAACUUGAACUUGGAUAACAGUAGUUCCAUAGAGGAACAAAAAAUAUUCCACUGACCUAUAGUUUAUUACUGGAACAGAAAGAAAUCAACUCUUUAGUGAAAGGUUUGUUUCUGGAGUAAUUCUAUAGUGGUAGAUACAAGCUUGUUGCUUGUAGAAAAUGUAAACAAUUAUACCCAAAGGUAUAUGUAGAGGGCAUACGACAUAUUCAGUGUUGUACUGACAUAAUACAAACCCUACCUCUUUUAUAGACAUAUCACAAAAUCAUACAAAAGGGAUGGACAUUGCAGUGCAAUGUUGCUAUUGUCAUUCUAAUGUCUCAUUUGAAACCGGUUUGUAAUGUUUUAAUGGUAUUUAAUAGCAUUAUUCUCUAGAAGCGGUAUCUGUAAUUAUGGCUGAUAUAAAUUAUGCAUGAUGUUAAAAACUCAGUUUAUUCAAAAGCUCUUAUGGCAAAUAAAGCAAGGCCUUUAUAAUGUAGAAAGUCAAUUCAGCAGAGAAUCAGCUAAACAUUAAUGCAUACGUACAUAGAUGUAUGUAUGUAUAUUUUUAGUUCAGAUGAUGGAAUUGAUGUUUUUUUUAUGGUAAGGAAUUGUUAGAUAGCUCUGCCUCCAUUCAAUUUUAGACAUCAGAACAAAAGGAGACAUCUUACCCCAAAAACUUGUUAAAUAGCACUAUAUUAAUUAGGGUAUGACUAUAACAUUUUAACACUUCUGAGCAUUGCUGAGACUAUAUAUUCUCAUGGUCUCAUUUCCACCCUCCUGUGGUAGAAUAUUUUAUAAUUUAGCUGCCACACAAGUUUCUUCAACAACUUUUGAAUAAAAUUUGGCAAGAGGCGGUAAUGCACAAGACCCUUUUUAGCCUAGAAACUGAGUUGUUUGUUGAAACUUGGGCUUGGAUUAAUAGAAUAUUUAAAUCACCCAAUUUAUUUAGAGGCUGACUGGGUUAUUCUGGGAGUUGAAGUCCACAAGUCUUUGUAUAUUGUGAAUUUCAGAGAGUCUCUCAGCUCGCAGCCAGCAUAUGGGCCUAUUCUUAUUUGGUUACACCAAUCAUACUAAGCAGUAGUAUCACAUAUUUUGAAUUCAUACAAGGCUGAUUGAUUGCACAUAAAUAAUCUACUACAAUUCCAUUCCCCUCUCUAAUUUCAUUCAGUAUGAAUUAGGAACUAAUGCCGCCACAUAAGUACUGUGUUUCCUCGAAAAUAAGACCCUGUCUUAUAUUUUUUUUGAACCCUGAAAUAAGCGCUUGGCCUUAUUGCCAUGCAUUCAAAAGUCCAAUUGGGUUUAUUAUCAAGGGAUCUCUUAUUUGGGGGAAAACGGUAUCGGUUUUACUGAAUCAAAGUGGGGAACCUGGGGACCUUCAUGUGUCUUGUAUUUUAAUUUUUUAUUAGGUUUUGAAACAGAUAAAUGGGAAAUUUAUAAAAUAGGAAAAAGGAUAUUAGUAUUAAAUGCAUAUGAAUGGUUGAAUCAAGAAGGUUUGGAAAUGCCGUGGCAAUACUUUCCCAAUAUAUCAUUAGUUAUUUAGUAAUGAGUAACUGAAUAUAUUAUAUGACUAAAAAUUGCUAUUGAGCUCUAAGCAAAGAGUGAAUAUCAAUAACCAUGAUCCAAAGAGUAUAAAUUGGUGAUUUAUAAUUUACAAUAAAUUCUAUUUAUGUUAGCAAAA